CAUGCAGGGCUGGACUCCAUUAACCCGAAGCCUGCUGCUGCUGCUGCCGCCUGGAAAACUGUUUGGGAUACUCUUCACUUCUCCAGCCAGUUCUUCGGGGAUUUCUUUCUGUUGUUUCUUUUUUUAUUUUUGUUAGCAGCCCCCGUCAAGAACACAUACAUGAUUUAAAGCAGUGGGACUUGUUCUGCGCCGUGUAGUCGACUCUUUUGGUGUUUUUUUCCCGUCUUUGUGAAGGAUGGCUCUGGAUGGGAUCCGGAUGCCCGAUGGCUGCUAUGCCGACGGGACGUGGGAGCUGAAGAUGCAUGUCACCGACCUCCACAGGGACGUGUCUCUGAGGGUCACCGGGGAAAUCCACAUCGGUGGAGUUAUGCUCAAACUGGUGGAGAAACUAGAUGUGAAGAAGGACUGGUCUGACCACGCCCUGUGGUGGGAGAAGAAGAAGACAUGGCUGCUGAAGACCCACUGGACGCUGGACAAGUACGGCAUCCAGGCCGACGCCAGGCUGCUCUUCACGCCACAGCACAAGCUGCUGCGCCUCCAGCUGCCCAACAUGAAGCACAUGAAGGUCAAGGUGAACUUCUCAGACCGCGUCUUCAAGGCCGUGUCUGACAUCUGCAAGACUUUCAACAUCCGCCACCCAGAGGAGUUGUCUCUACUGCGCAAACCUCGCGAUCCCAAGAAGAAAAAGAAAAAGCUGGAGGAGGCAGAAGAGGACAGUCUGGAGUUGGAGGGUCCGCUGUUGACUCCAGGAUCUGCCUCUGAGAUAAUUUACAUCGGACCUGUGAAAGGGAGUAUCUACUCUAGUCCAGGCUUGUACAGUAAGACCAUGACCCCCACCUACGAUUCCAGGGAUGGCAGCCCCCUGUCGCCCACCUCAGCCUGGUUUGGGGACAGCCCCCUGUCGGAGGGCAAUCCCAGCAUCCUCGCUGUCAGCCAGUCGAUAUCCUCACCAGACAUUCUGGUUAAGCUCUACAAACCCCAGUCCCUGCUGGAUAAAGCCAAGAUCAAUCAAGGGUGGUUGGACUCGUCCAGGUCUCUGAUGGAGCAGGAUGUGAAGGAGAACGAUGUGCUCCUGCUGAGGUUUAAAUAUCACAGCUUCUUCGACCUUAACCCUAAGUAUGAUGCCAUCCGAGUCAACCAGCUCUAUGAACAGGCCAAGUGGGCCAUCCUGCUGGAGGAAAUCGAGUGCACAGAGGAGGAAAUGAUGAUGUUUGCUGCCCUGCAGUACCACAUCAACAAGCUGUCCAUCAUGUCUUCAGACAACCACAUGAAUAACAGCGAGAAGGAGGUGGAUGAGGUGGAUGCAGCGUUGUCUGACCUGGAGAUUACUUUGGAGGGAGGGAAAACCUCCAAUACGCUGGGUGACAUCACAUCUAUUCCUGAACUAGCGGACUACGUCAAGGUUUUCAAACCCAAGAAGCUGACGCUAAAGGGCUACAAGCAGUACUGGUGCACGUUCAAGGACAUAACGAUUUCCUGCUACAAGAGUAAAGAGGAAGCACACGGGACACCCGCACACCAGAUGAACCUAAGAGGUUGUGAGGUAACGCCAGAUGUGAACAUCUCCGGUCAGAAAUUCAACAUCAAACUGCUAAUCCCCGUGGCGGAUGGGAUGAACGAGAUCUGGCUGCGGUGUGACACGGAGAAACAGUACGCUCACUGGAUGGCUGCCUGUCGCCUGGCCUCCAAAGGCAAGACCAUGGCUGACAGCUCCUACAACCUGGAGGUGCAGAACAUUCUGUCCUUCCUCAAGAUGCAGCACAUGAACCCCGACCCGCAGUUCAUUGAGCCAAUCACCACUGAUAUUAACCCAGAGUGCCUGGUGUCCCCGCGGUAUCUUAAGAAGUACAAGAACAAGCAGCCAGGCUAUGUCAGGGAUUUGAUUUCAGCCCGGAUUCUCGAAGCCCACCAGAACGUGGCCCAGAUGAGCCUCAUCGAGGCCAAGAUGCGCUUCAUCCAAGCAUGGCAGUCCUUGCCAGAGUUUGGGAUCACUCAUUUCCUGGCAAAGUUCCAGGGAGGAAAGAAGGAGGAGCUGAUCGGAAUCACCUAUAACCGUCUGAUCCGGAUGGAUGCCCACACUGGAGACGCCAUUAAGACCUGGCGCUUUAGCAACAUGAAGCAGUGGAACGUCAACUGGGAGAUCAAGAUGGUGACCGUCGAGUUCGCAGACGAGCCCAGCUUGUCCUUCAUCUGCGCAGAAGUGGACUGCAAGGUGGUCCACGAGUUCAUCGGCGGCUACAUCUUCCUGUCGACACGCGCCAAGGACCAGAAUGAGUCGCUAGAUGAGGAAAUGUUCUAUAAACUGACCAGCGGCUGGGUCUGAGCAGUGCCAGGCCACCAGGGGGCGACGAUUUUAGGUCAGGGGGAAAUGAAGCAAGCUUGUAUGGGUUUAUUUUGUUGUGUUUUUCCGUCUUUUUAACUGUUUGAAACUGUGCUGAAGACAUCAAAAUUUAGCACGUUUAUUGCCAAGACUGACAUAAUUAUUGUUAUUUUUUUUUUACAUAUAUAUAUAUAUAUUUGCAUUAAUGCUCACAAAGUAAUUUGUUACUCCACUAAAGUUCUGGUUGGUACAACCCAGAUGAAGUCUUGUUUUAGUGGGAGCCUUAAGAAUAACACCCUGUACCACCUUCUUCUUCUUCUUCUCUUGUUUUUGCUCUGUCAUCUUUCCUCCACUUAGAACCGGGGCCACAGAUUUGCGUCCAUUGCGAAUAUUUGAUCAACCUUUAGAUUUAAUCGCAAAGAACAUUUUUAGAUUUAUCCUUUCUCCUCCCUCUGUCAGGGUUCCUGCUAAUCAUUAAAGUCCAGAUAAAUACAGAUUUUCAUUUGAUCGUUCUCCAUGUCUAGAGAAGUAUGGAGAACACAAUUUUCAGACUUUAGUUUAUUUUUGUCAUUAACCAAAAGAUUUAAAAAAAAAAUCUGAAUGUCUAACAAAUAAAGGCAUUUAAUGUGGAUUUAUAUUUCGAUGAUGAAAUCUCAGAUUUGCCGUCUUCAUAGCUUGAGUUGUUCAAAUCAUUGAUCCUUUAAGUUUCUGGGCUACUAUCUGAUUAAGAAGUCACUCAAAACGUCUCAUUGAACUGCUUUUGGCAUCUGGAUCAUUUUUCUAAACUUGACUGAAGGUUCUUGAAACCAGGAUUGGUUCAGAGACCAAACAAAGCAUUAGAAUGAACAAAUAGAGGGAUUAGGUGAUUUAAAAAGAACAUAAAUGUUGGUUCAAAGGAUCUGUUUAAAUUAUUGCAAGUGUUAUGAACUAGAAUUGAUAUGUUUUGUCAGAUCCCCCCCCCCCCCCCCACAAAGAAAGGUGAAAUAGCCCUUUACCUGAAUGUUGUGAUAAAACAAAACGCACAACUAGUCAAAUGUUUUGUUUUCGAAUGAUUAUAAUAAAAAUAGAGGGACUGACAAACAUUUUUUUUAAAUAAUUCUGACCAGGGAUUUGUUGGAGCCUUGUAUUUUCUUCUAUAGCUGGGCUAUAGGAGCUAAACUCUUUCCAAAUAAAAGUUUAUAUUUAUUUAUCAUAAAGGAAUGAGCCAAUCAACGAAUCUGAUCAAAAGUGCAUCUUUAGUAGCCGUGGCUUCUCAUGUCCGCCCUGUCCCGUCUAUGAAUCUCUUGGAAGGCUGAUGUAGGCACCUCUGCUUUAUUGAUUUCUCGUUAUUAAUAAGCUGUCCAAUUUUCCUUUUUGCGUCAUUCUUAUCCAAAUUUCCGCCUCCUUACUUGAGCCACCAUGUUGGUGAUGUAUUAGCCUGACACAGAACACCUUGUGUGCUUCCUUUGGAUUUAACGGGAGGCGUCUCUGAAAACCCUGCACCUCAGCACACUGCGGUCAGCGUCCUGAGGGUUUUACUACCUGCGUGUACCAAAUUUGGUCAAAACGUCUCAUUCAGUUCUAAUAUAUACAAAAACACUAUUUUUUUUUUUGUGCGUGUGACUUGCCUAUGUUUUUUUGAACAGUACUAGCAGGAGAUGUGGCCGUCUGUAGCUGCUUCUACUAGUUUUAAGCAACCGGAGACUUGAAAUUGCUGAUGUGACGUUAAAGUGCAUGCACACUACACAACAGGAGCAACACUACGGCAAUCCCUCGAAGCAUGCCCUGCGUUAACGAAGUCCUGUUUCUCACCGUAUAGUAUUAUAUCGUUAUCAAUACACACCAGCAGAAGGUCACAAUUUCAAGAAUGAAUAUGCAAUUUCUUUUUUUGUUCUCUUCUCAGUAUGAAGGAUUGAUAAAUGAAGUAUUAUUGUUAUUUUUUUGUAACUAAUGUACAAACGCAAACGUUUUAUAUAAUUGUACAGUGUUUUUUUUGUGCUUUGGUGAUUUGGAGGAGUUCUCUUUUUUUUUUCUUUUUUUUCUUUUUCUUUCAGAAGCCAUCAGUCGACGUGUGUAGCCUACAGAGCUGUUUGUGUACAUUGUGAUCUUACCAAGUUUCCACAUGAAGAUGCAUAUGAAUCUAGAUGAAGAUGACACUAGUCUCAAACUCCAGGCUUGGUUAAAAUGUUUUUUUCGUAUGUGUAGCCAAACCCUAUGCUGAGUGGUCAUUCUUCUUUUUAAGCUUUUGUUUAUUUUGAUCACUUAUUUUUGUCUUUUUUGUUUUGUUUUUGUCCCAUUUGCAAGUCCAUUUAUGGCCAAGAGAACCAUAUUUAUUUGUUUCAACCGACAGCAAUUAUUUACAAAGCUUUUUGCCUUAUAUUCUGCUUGUUCACUUUUUUUUUAAGUAACUUUGUUGGGUUUUUGCUGUCACAACUGAAAUGCAUCAUAUAUUUUGGUGAAGAAGAUGACCCUGGAGUUUGAGACAAUUUCACAAAAAUAAAAGUAAUAUUAAUAAAAAAAAAAAGAGGUGAGAAAGGAACAAGCAUAUAUAUAAAUAUAUUUUUUCCCUUGUUUAUGGUUUGUUCGCCUCCAGUGUUUAGAGCAGCUGCAUGUCCUGCUGUUCUGUUUUCUGACUGUAAAAAAAUGCAUUUAUUUUAAAAAAUAAAGUAAUUUUUAUUUAAA